AUGGGCAAACGGAAAUCUGCUCCAUUCGGUGGGCAACAAAAUGUUUCUACCAUUCAAACAGUACCUAAUUUUCCAACAUUUUUCAUUAUCAAAAAAUCCUCUGCUACUAAUGAUACAUUUCAUUCUAUCUCUCCCUUUCUUGUUGAAAGAGGUAUAACUGGCAAUAUUGGUGAAGUUAAAAGUAUUAAAAAACUUCGAUCUGGCGAUUUGCUGAUAGAAGUACAAUCCCGUAAACAAUCUGUACAAAUUAUGAAAUUAAAAUCAUUGGAAAAUAUACCAGUAAUUGUUUCUCCACAUUCUUCAUUGAACUCCUCCAAAGGUGUUAUUACUUGCGGGGAGCUGUUCAAUGUACCCAUAGAAGAAAUAACUAAAGAGUUGCAAGGACAAGGGUUUAGCCAUGUACGGCGUAUCUCUAUACGGAGGGAUUGCCAGCUCCUAAAUACCAAGCAUCUGAUUCUUACAUUUAAUUUUUCCAAAUUACCCGAGUACAUUAAGGCAGGGUACAUGCGCCUGUUGGUUCGACCAUAUAUUCCGAACCCACUUCGUUGUUAUAAGUGCCAACGGUUCGGACAUUCAAGAACUUCUUGCCGCGGGACUCUAACUUGCGCCCGCUGUGCGGAAGCAGGUCACGAUAGUACGGAAUGCACAUCUACGGAAAAAUGCUUUAAUUACAAAGCUCGUAAAAUUGUUAAAUCUCAAACUCCUGUUUCUGGUUCUAGCUACUCUUCUGUGAUCAAAAAACAAUCUGCAACUGAUCUGACUCAAAACAAUGGAAACAACAUACUUACGGAUAAUACUCCCGAAUCCACUGUUGUAACGUCGUAG